AGACGAAGGAGGUGCUGCUACGCUGCCCCAGUCACCUGAGAACUACAUGCUGAAUGGUGGAGAUUCGCUAUCGAAGGCGUCGCCAGGAGGAUCCUCACUCUCAGUUUUAUGUCAGCAUUUGCAUCAUCAUGAUCUUCAUCAUAUGAGUAUGUGGUGAUACAACGUUAUUCCAGUACUAGAAAUUAUAAGCUUUUUACCUACUUGUCUUAGUGACGGAUGGUAGGAUCGCCCGAGGGCGUAACACGUGCGAGACGAUCGGGUCGCGCGCGCGAUAAUAAUAAUAAUAAUAAUAAUAACUUGUCUGCGAAAUAAGAAAGAUCUUGUCUCAACAGCCCGGAGGAAGAGACUUCCUUCAGGCUCGUCGAGUUGUAACUAAAGUACUAGGACUCGAUACAUAGAUGCUGUAGACCAGCAUGCAAUCUCUAAGAAGAACAAGCACGAGCCGCGGGCGUUUCAACCAACGAAGCACUAGUCGUAGUACCGCAGCUUCCACUGCGACCACGCUGCAGAGGAACAACAUUCGAGGUGCAGGAGGAUCAUCUCGCGCAUCCAGCCUGGGCGGUCGUGGUUAUCGUCGGGGAACGUCUCUUGGCGCGACUUCGCGAAGCAAUAAGCGAGUCCACAACAGCACUGCUGCUGUUGUUUCUUCGUCCUCCUCUGAUCCAGUACGCCUGUUGGAGCUCAAAUUCAUUAACAAAAGCCUCUUUCACUUAAGGCUAGUUUAUCACUAUCCCAAAUAACCGUUUCAUUUUUGGCUCAUAUUCUUCCUCAGUUGGUCGUGCCGCCAGUCAAACUCUAUUCCUGAGUUGAAUCCCCCUCCGUUUAAAAGGGGAGAACUGACCUUAAAAGAAUAGUAGAAAGCAACUCAUUCAAGAAUCAGGGAUAGUGAAAAAUUAAAGCUAAUGCAGCUCUCGGAAGUUAUCCAAGGAUUGCGCAAAGGGCAAAAGGUCUGUUUCCGGAACUCCAAACUGACCUAUCUCCUCCAAGACUGGUUAGCGAGUAAACAGGUGUACUUUUAAGGCGUCAAAUUUAGUAGUAAACAAGCUCUUCAUGAUACCAAUAUUUUGUUCCUUUUUUGGCGGAACAACUAGAUCGGACGAAACAGAUCACUUGACUUCUGAAUCACCCACGACAAUGAUUGGAAUAAUAUACAAACCACUUCUUUGAUGAACACUACUCAAAUCUUCUCAAUGGAAUAAACAAACCACUUUGUUGAUGAAUACUAGGAGUCAAUUUUUCUUGAGAUGGGGUCUUGAGAUUGAGCAUGCACGUACCGAAGUAUAUCCGAGAUCUACACGACGAAGACUACCACUACUUCUUGUUGCACUCGUAGACGAUGAACUUAACAACUGAUGCAUAUUAACACCGCAAUGAUUGGCGUUCACCGUGUAGGUGAAGGCUUAGGUCCCGCGACGCUCAAAGCACUAAGCAAAGCGAACCGGUUAGUUUUCACCUCUGUAAAGUCUAGAAAUAUUUCGGAGACAAUCUAUUUGAUAUGAUCUUUCGUUGUCGAGCAGGAUCAUUGUUCUACUAGAAACGAAAAAACCCUAUUUUGAGCCACCAAUUAGUUGAGCAGUGCCUUUGUUCUAAUAUUCGUUGGCUACUAUUUCGCCGAGUGAGUUGUGUUUUGAGGAGUCUCUGGCGACGCUGCGUUUCGCUGAUGCAGUGACAAAUUUGCCCAAAGUUCGGAAUCGCCGCCUAGAAGAGUUUCAGAGAGAAGCGGCACAACUACGUAUGGAGACGGACGACAACGAUUCCUCGUGUGCAAGUGCUAACGGGGACGAGACCACGAUCCUGAUUUUAAGGCUCAGCGUUCAUUGGUCCUUAUUUAGAUGGCUGGGGUCACUGAGAGCGAAGAGGCGCCCCCGUGAGAUAACGAGGGAAAACAAGUUGAGAGGUGUGGGGCCCCUUUCGUUCAGAGUCAGUGACCAGUGAGCGCUGGCCUCUAAUGGUUGCGCCGAGGCUGACACCAGCACAGUUGCAGGCAACGCGAGUGAAAACGAUAGAAAGAUGUGCCGACAGUGGUCUGUUGCUGCCCUCGUGA